AUGACUGAGCUUGACUCUGCCUUAUCUCGCGGUUUCCGCCCCAAAGACGAAAGGCAGAAGCUUGAUCACAUGUGGAGCGCAGCUAACCACACCCAAACAACCUACAUUCAUCCCAUUUCACCACUUCUCGAGAAAAUGGACGCAGUUGCUAAGAAGAGCGUUAAAAGCAGCCCCGUUUCGCCGUUCCAGUUCUUUCCCACCACGCCUCAGUGUCCCUCCCUUUCGCCUUCAUCCUCACCAGAGUCUUCCCACGUGACCGCUCUCUCAUACAAGGAUGAUACCUCUCCGCCGAUUGGCUUGAGCCUGAGCCCGCCUUGCCCCACAUCGGCCCAAAGCGAAGACGACGAUCAUAUCUCUCCUUCUGCUGAAUCGACAAAGGUUUCGGCUGACGUGUCUUCACACUGGAAGGUUCCUCAGCCCAAAACGAUAAAGCCGCAGCCGUCUACCGUUCCUCUUCCCGUCGCAGCGGAGACAGAAACCAAGGAAGUUCCUUCCGUCCCUACCCCAUUUCCUCACUUCCCCGCGCCAACAGCAGCACCGGUCCCCUUCGGACACAUUCCUCCCUACCCAGCGGCAGCUGCGGCCGGCUGGUGGGCUCCUUUCGCCACCUUUCCAUCUCACGUGCUGCUCGCCCACUCACCGGCCGCCAGUCAGGUGCAGCAGCAGGCGAUGGGUGCGCAACAGAGGCCGUGGGUUCCUAAUGCGCCGCCGUGGUUCUGCUUUGGACCUCCGCCCUUCGUUUCCCCCGCGCGACCUGCCAUACUGGCCGCUGGUGGUACCGCUUCUGAUGUCAACGUGGAAAUUAAUAAGGGUCUAAUGGCUGCCAGUAAGCCUUCCCUCUCUGGCGACGGUUCUCGCACCCGCGUGCCUUCUUCUGUGGCGACGAAAGCUUCUGUCAAGCGAAGCCCCUCGGCGAGGUUGGCGGCAAAGCCCGUGGAGGUGUUACCACGUGAGCGGCUCCCGUCGGGAUUUCGCCCGUGGAAGGCUGCGAGUAGGAGCUGCGGGUCGAAUGACACGUCAGCUCUGCUCUCGUCCAAUGGCGCCACGACAACGUGCUCUGCUGCUGUGGAAGCGUGCGCUUCAUCCCGUCAAACCGUCUCAUUCGCGCUGAAACCGUGCAGCAAGGGCACGGAGGGGCUUCAUAAUAUGAAGGCGGAAGGACAACCAAUUCGACCAGCCGCGCAGCAGCCAAGCGGCCAGGCGGGUCCGGUCAACGCAGUCAACCCAGUCAACGCAGCCACCUCCGUCAACACCAUCAGUCCGAUGAGCCAUUUUCCAACUCCUAUUCACAUCCUCCCGGCUAUCUCCCCUGUCCCCAGCUUCCACUCUGCUGCCGCCGAUCAAGCCAGAGCUUAUGCAUCCACCAUGGGUCAGUACCCCGGUUUCCCCUGGACCGCAGCUGCUGCGGCAGCUGCUGCUGGUGCUGGUGCUGGCGGUGCUUCUGCUGCUGGAGUGUUUGGCUUUCUGAACCCUGGGGGGACGGUUGCUGCUGAGGCUGGUGCAGGAGUGGUGGGCGACAAGAGGAGGCUUGGGAGGGCAGAGGGCGCAGCUGCUGAUGUGCAGGGGAAGAGGAAGAAAAGGCAAAAGCACGGUGGAGUGGGUUCCGAGGUGGUGGAGGGCCCAGUAUCUCCGAGGACGCAUGGGAAGAGUGGAGCAAUGGAGGGAGAGUGUGUCAAUGGCAAGGAGCAGGAGGCGGAGGAGAGGGGAAAGGAUAAUGAAAAGGUAAAGGAGAAGGAGCAAGAGAAGGCGUGCAGGAACUGUGGGACCCACACGACUCCGUUCUGGAGGAAGGACCGGUCGGGCAGUGGGCAGCACCUGUGCAACGCGUGUGGACUCUACCUCGCCAAGAAUGACGCCCCUCGGCCCUCUGUGCUCUGGAAGAAAGGUGAGCCCUGCUGCCUGCUGGGUUUUCUAUGUGAUUGCCACAUGUCUCUUACGGUAUGA